GAAGAGGGGCCAGUGUUCACUCCAUUCGAGCUUCUGCACCAAGCGGGGAGCCGGGCGUCAGUAACACAUAAUAAAUCAUUAUAAAUAUCAAUAAUUUGAGACGCAGCACCAUGUUCACCUCACAGACCUCCUCCUUCCAAGACUCGAUCGACGUGGAGGACCGAGACGAGCUGGACAGCGAGGAGAUCUCCGGCUGCAGCCUCAGGACCCAGCUCAGCUGCUACUACACCAUCUACCUGUACCAGGGCACCAGAUCUGAGGCUACUGGGGAAAAUGUGGCAUGGAACCAGAGAAGAGCAGACUCCACAACCAGUCAGGAUGACUUUAGCCUCACGCUGGUGGACAGCAGCCUGCCGUCCGAGGCAGAGCCGGAGCUGCGCUGCUACAUCUCAAGGAGACUAAGCAAAGGAGCCCUGCUUGGGGGCAUGGGCAACAUCGCCACAGUGGAGCUCAGUGUCCCAGAGCAAGCGGUAGGCUGCUACUGCUGUCUCUUGGAGCAGGAGAGGUCACCCGAGCAACCUGACGCUGAUGGCAACGGAUAUGUCAUCUGUUUUAUGGGCGGCUCUGAGAAAGGACUGAACUUAUUCAGACUAGAGCUGGAUAAAUAUGUCCAAGGCCUGCAGAGCAGCCUGCAAACCCCAGAGCUGCAGAACCUUGAGACGGAGGUGCGUCCCUACCUGAGUCGGUGGUACGAGGAGUCUGUGAUGCACAUUUAUCGGGUGGUGCAGCUGGUCCAUGACAGCAUCAGCUUCCUGCUGCAUGCCGCUCUGAGCCACACACAUGUGGAGGUCAUAAACUCAGAUGAGAGGACAAAGGCUGAUGUGUCCAGGUUCAUCAAAGCAGCCAGUCUGCAGGGCCUGUCUCAGCAAGACACUACAGCAGCCUCUCUGUGUAAGGCCAUCUCAGAGGACACACACUCCGACUUGAUCAUAGACUGCUCCACCAGCCCGCCCACGCUCACCAACACCGUCAGUAAUCGUUUCUGUGAUGACUGGAUUCAGGCAUUCCUAAACGCUGCAGAGCGUUGUAAUCCCUUCCUGCUCAGACAGAUCCUGGAGAAUUUCAAACUUAAGGCCAUCCAGGACAUGAACAGCCUGAAGCGCUAUGUGCGUCAGGCCGAAAUGAGUCACUACGCGCUUUUCCGCUGCUGCCAGUUCCUGCAGGGCUGUGGAAACGGAGACGUGUUGCUGCAGAACGCCAGGGCAGAGCACAGCGACCUGCCGGAGGCCUGCAGCAUCAUCACUGUCCUGGAGGAGUUCCUCAGGGAGCAGUCCCAGGCCCAGUCCUGAUUCUCUCACUGCACUCCUACCAAGGUGGGAAAUUCACCGCAGCCACCCACCAAAUUAUGACACAAGGUCACUCUGGCAGCAGUUUUUUCUGAUCAUGAAUCAGUCAAGCAUCAUUCCUACCAUAGCAUUACAUUCUAAGUUAAAUAUCAACUUGGCAGGUAAGGAUUGAAGUGGCUGGGUCUAUUUCCUGCAUGUCUUUCCCAGUCUCAAAGCUCGACUGCCUCCUACAAACGUGUCUUUAUUUUUUGUUGUUUGACAUAGUUUACUCAUGAAAUAACAUUACUGUAAUGAUCUUACCAACUAAAGCUAGUUGUUAAUUGCAGAUGACAAUGAAAUGUGCUUUCGGGUGUUUGGAAAAUGACCUCUUUUUAUCCCACUUUGGCUGAAAGCUAAUUGGCAGAGAACCUGUCUGAUUUCAGUGCAAGAAUCAUUUAAGAUGUAGGAGAUAAAACUGGAGCAUCCUUUCUAGAAUCACUCAGUUUUAUUCCUGUGUCUGGCACUUUCUCCAGUACUAUGUAUCUCUAAAUAUGUCACAGUGUUGUCAUGUUGUUCCUUCGUAAUUUGUGUGUUGAAUGAGUGUCAGAAAUCAGUGUUAACACUGUGAACCAAAAACAAUUAUUACUACUUUGUUGCUAAACUGACAUUGACUGCAACACUUUAAUUAUUCCAAUGUACAGAGAUAAUACUCAUCCUGACUAAAUUAUGGAAUUAUCAGUGGAUUUUUCUGUGCCUGUUUUAAUGUCCAAAUUCUCUUUAUUGUUUUGUAUUUUGAUUUUAUCACGUUUUUGUUUUGAAGAGAAACACGUGUGAGAAUGCACAAAUCACUUUUAUCUAUUGCUUUUGUUACAUUGCUCUUGAUUCUGCUUCCAUUUCAACCCAAUAACUGCACUACUAUAUUUUUGUCAUAUGGGAAUUUUUAUGUUUUUCUAUCAACUGACAUUGCAUAGUCUUAUUUAAUCUGUUUGUGGGAAUGCAGUGUUGUAGAUACAGUGUAAUUUUUUUUUAAUAUCAAGGAAUGCAAAGUAUGACAUCAUCUUUGCAGCUUUCACCAGCCCAACAAUUCACGCUAAGAACAAAACAAUAACAGUUUUCCAUUUCUGUCUAGUAUGAAGCCAGUCUGUCCUUAGAAUAAAAAAAAAUUAAGUGUAGAAUAAAUGUAGGGUUAGGGAAAAAAAGGCUGCACCUGAUGAAGUGCUCAGUAAAUCUUAGCAUGCAUGUUGUUUUUCCUGUCAUUGUGCAUCUGAAUCUCAGACAGUUUGAAAUUAUAGAUCACAAUAUGAGACUAAAAGUUGUAUUUUUUUCCCCAGAAAACCCACUAAUGGAUUUCAGAUUUAAGAAGUAUAUUUGGAUAAUUUUAUGAAAACAAUCCAAAGUGUGUAAUAAAGCAAUACUAAUGUCGGUGGUGUGUACUUUAAGCUGUGAAUCCAGUGAUAAUGUGGGUGCGUCAGUUUACUAUAGUGAACCGUACUGUGACUGACCUGUGUGUGUACAGUUCUUGGCUCUGUCCAGGGCAGGAUAUAAUGUUAUACAUGAAAAUGUGGCUCUUAGUCUUGUAUAUAGGAGCACAAACAGAUAUUGAUCCUCUUUAUUGUCAGUGUGUGUGUGCAUGUUGUCUGUACCACAGAAAAGGAGAGCUCAGCAAAGACUACAUGUAUUAUGAACACUGAUUUUGUAUAGAACAAGAUGUCAUAAUAAACAUAUUUAUCAUACCACA